AUGAGCAGCGACAAUUCCGAAGUUGGUUCCAAAGAAUCCGAAGUUCCCUCCAAAGGAAGCCUCGAUUCCAACCACGCCAAAGAGAAUUCCAACAUCGACCUGACCCACCGGUCCGAACGCCGCGGACGCACCACCCUCCUCCACCAGUUCCUGCGGCCCAUCCGCAGCCACCUCGUCAAGCCCAGCGACCCGCACCCCCCCGGCUCGCCCCGCCUGACGCCGCACCCGUCAUGCACCAAGAUCUGCGCCGUCCACGAGCGCAAGGUCGCCGACGUCUGGAUCUACGACCUGCAGCCGGAGGAGACGUUCCAGACGACGCACAGGGUCACGGCCUCGGCCGCGGCGUCGCACCUGACGACGGCGGGCGAGAUGGCGCGCGAGGCGCGCGAGGCGGACACGCUCGAGAAGAACUCGUCGCGCAACACGGGCAUCGUGCGCCGGCUGUACUACAUCGCCGGCGGCAGCUGGCGCGAGCCGCCCAGCCACCAGCACUGGAAGUUCAUGGCCAAGCUGGCCGCCGCCACGCCCGGCACCGCCGUCAGCGUCAUCAGCGUGCCGCUGGCCCCGAGCGAGACGGCGAGCACGGUCUUCCCGCGCCUGCUGACGCUGUACGAGAAGGUCAUGGAGGAGUCGCUGGUGCGGGGCGAGCGCGCCAUCUGGGGCGGCGACAGCAGCGGCGGCAACAUCGUGCUCGGGCUCAUUGGCGAGGCGCUGCGCGUGGGCAGGUCGGGGCCGGCGGCGAAUGAGGGCGUUCCCGCCGGGAAGGAUGGCAUGAAGGCUGCGGGACGCGGCGACGGUGUCGAUGGGGAGGCUGGUGCUGGGAGCGUGAAGCAGCCGGCGCCCAGGCCCGAACUCGAGCGUGGAAGCACCGCGGCUGAAGUCACCGAGUUUGCGGCGGACGAGUCACUGCCGGCCAGCGAGAGGAUGGGCACGAAAUCGCUGCCCGCGCCGUCGGCCAUUCUCAUCAUCUGCCCCAGCGUAGACGCUCGCCGCGUGAAUGGCGACAUCGAGGCGCUCCAGGACAAGGAUCCGGUUCUGAUUGCGGAGGAGAGCAAACAGCAGGCUGCUGACUGGGCGGGCGACUGGGCUCUGGAUGACGAGCGCAUCAGUCCGGCUGUCAAUACUGAGGCCGAGGACAACCUAGUGCGGCUGCUUUCAGAGAAGAACGUCAAGGUGCAUGGGGUGACGGCCGGGUACGACAUUCUCAGUCCCGACGCAAUAAUAUUGAGGGAGAGGCUGGAGAAAGGAGGUGUUUGGGGAAGGUGGUUGCAUUGGGAUAAGCAGAUGCAUUGUUUCCCACUGGCUUGGUUCUACGGAAUACCCGAAAGCAAAGAGGGGCUUCAGUGGGUUAUAGACGUCCUUGGAGAGGAGUAG